AUGUUUUUACUCGUUGCAUCCGUUAUAUUUAAUCAAAAUGUUUGGAGUCAUACCGUUUCAUCGUCAGUUAAUACUAAUUGCACUAUAAAUUAUAAUGGACAUGUACUGAAAGAUGGUGAAAGUAUUGAAGUACGAGGAAAAUUUUAUAAAAUGGAAGAUUGUGGUCUUCAUCGAGCUUAUCAUGCAUGUGGAACUUAUCUUUUACAAAUGGUCAGUAUUGCUUGUGAAGUUGUUGAUCAACAAAAACAAAAGCCAAUAAUAUCAAACCGUUUCCGUAGAUUUUUAAGACGAAAAUUACUUACUGAAGCCUGUUGUGAAACUUUGUGUACUGUUUCCGAAAUGACACGUUAUUGCCCUUGA